CCAUCACAGUGGAAGGCACAUUGGAUGCGAGCAAGCAGCAGUUCAACCAGUUGUAAUUACUGUACUGUUUCUGAUGCAAGAUACAGAAAAGAUAUUUUAAAAGAACAGGGGUCCUUGCCAGUUGAAAAUACAAAAUCUAAAGAGGCCAAUAUGUUAAGCAUAGGUAUGAAACGAGGAAAGACCUCUGUAAACAAGAAUGUGUAUAAAGCUGAACUUAAUGAAUUAUAUCUGACUUCAGAUGUUCACCAAUCAACCGAAUCCAUGGGAGCUGAAAAUGGACGAUGUAAGAUUAUGAACAAUACUGUAGUGCAGAAAAAAAUGAAGUUAUUUGAUGCUAAAGCAGCAGCAUCAGAUACAUUAUCUGUUCAUAAGUUGUCAGAGUCUUCUGCAGAGCAGGGGAAGUUUGAUAUAUUCCAUAUCAUGAAUUCAGGAAAUGUUAGCUCAGAGUUGAACCACUUUCCCAUGUUUGACAUCAACCGCAAAAAAGAGAGCAUCUUAAAUCCAAAAAAAAGGACUGGAAAUGGUGCUGUGACUAGUAGAUUCUCUGAACCUCAAAAACUAUCGAAUGAAACUAAAUUGGUUCCCCAUAUAAUAGAAUUUGCAUCAGAAGAGCAGCAGCUUGAUGCAAAAAGGAUGACUGGGAAAAAACAAGAGAUUGAAUCUUCUAGAUCUGUUAAAGGCUUUUUGAAUUGCCAAGAUGAUCUUACAGGAUCAAUCUCCCACUCAGCAAUUGAUGGAGUAGAAUUCUUUGGAUCAGAUAUGAGGCCUUCUAGCUGCAUCAGAGGAGAAAGUGAUCGUUUGAUCUCAGAGCAUGUGAUUAAGGAACAUUCUUUAAAUGCAACUCUCACUAGUUUGGAACAUGCGGUUUGUGAUUGCUCCAACCAUGCUGCAUUCAUGAUCUCAGAAAUCAAAGGUGAUGGCAAAAUUAUUUCUAGUAAUUUUAAGAGUUCAUGGCCAAUGGUGAACGGUGGGUCUAUGCAAAUACCAAGAGACUCUUGCUCAGGCGAUUUUCCCUUUCCAUUACUAGCUAGAGAACAUAAUGAAGAGCUACUUAAUGUUUCUGGUAGUGGAUUAUUAGCUAGUCACAAAAGUUUCCCAGUGUUAAACAGACUAGAUGAUGUUGGAUGUCUUCAUCAUUCAGCCAAGUAUUUAUUAAUCACAAAGAAGAUAGCUAUGAACUUGUCUCAUGGAGAGCAAAUGGUUGAGAAGUCCAAGAAAACUGCUAAAGUAAAAGGAUCUGCCUUCUCUGAAAAGCUGACAUCGGUGACCAUUCCAGAGUACAAUGGCAAGCAAUCUAAAGAUUUGCAGCCACUAGAAAACUCAAAUAGCAGUGGAGAUAGGGAACAUGGCAUUGGCACCGAUACUUAUCUUUUGGAAACACAGAACGAAUCACCAUUGGAGACUGAUACAAUGCAUAUUGGUGUUCUUCAGGCACCAAUCUCUCCAGCAGGUGAAACUUCUUCCAGAGUGCAAGAGUCAAUGGCAGCUUCACCAAUUAAACAAGCUGUAAGCAAGGAGGCGGAAAUUGAGGUUCCUACCAUGGACAUAGAGCAUCCCACUUCUUCAGACAGAGCAACCUUUAUGAGUAACAGGGAAAUGAGCACAUCUAGAACAGAGUGCAUGGACACAGUUCACAUUCUUUCUCAUGUUGAGAAGCCAAAUAAUUCCAAUUCCAGCACUCUAAUGGAAAUCCCAGUACAUGCAGAGGCAAGCAGCACAUGGGUUAAACGUCUCAGACAUAACCCUUCAAAUUUUCUUGCUGUUGGCAUCGAGAGAUUCAAAACUGGGGAUGGUCAGUUCUGUAGAGAAGGCAGUAAUUUGUUCAGUAGGGUACUUAACUAUAGCAAAUCCAACUCUGUUUUAAUGAAAUGUCUUCAGGAUCAGCAGAGGUUUGAUAAGAUUAUGCUGUCACCAGAUAACGGUGUGAAUUCCUAUGGGCUACCAGUGAAAGAAAUACAUUCCUGGAUCCAAAGAUGGUGUCAUAAUAGUCCUCAAGCAGGACCCGUUCAAGCGAAACUAGCAACAUCAGUGCUAUGUAAGCCAGAAAAUAUGAAAGUUAUAUACGAUGACAAGCAAUUUCCAAGCAUUGCAGCUAUGGCAUUGAUGGGGAAAGCAAUAAAAAAUUUUCAGCCAUGUGUAUUUCAGAGAAGGGGAUCUUUUGUGGUCUGGAAAAGCCAGGAUUCUGAAGACAACAAGGCUUUUUCGUCAAGUAAUGAGUGAUUAACCUCAACCUGUGCUUCCUGACUACUUCAGCCUAGAAGGUGCGGAAGGCGAUGGUAAUGUCGGUAAACCCUGUGUGCAUACUGUUUCGCUCAAUGAAAGAGGCUAAAGUUAAGUGCAAUUGGGAGGUUUGGAAGAUUCAGCAUUGCGCUGAGCAAAUAUUUCGCAUGGAAUACACAACUAUGCUCGAGUUUCUAAGCUUCCCACAGGUAUAGGAAAUCAUGCUAUCAGCUUUUCUUUGUUAACUGUGUCUGUGAGAUGAAGCACUGUCAUUGAAAUGUGAAACCUGACAUGGUUUGCUGACGUUCAGAAACAAAAGUAUCUAAUGCAGUGAAAUGUUAUAUAUGGUUAUUCUCCAUCA